AUGGAUGAAAUUAAGGACAAGUACGGCAACGCGAUCCAUCAAGGUGACCAUGUCUACACUAAAAUCCGCGGGGGGCACGAAGGAGAAGUCGAGAAAAUAGUGAUGAAUCAAGUCGAAGUAGAAGAGGAGGAUGUCAAGAAUCCACCCAAAGUCCUCUUCCAUGACCAACGAGGGAAAAGGGCCGCUCAUAAUCCAGAGACGCUGGAGAAACUGAGCGACUAG